CUUCCUAUCAUUCCUGAAAUUUUCUUUUCCCCCGUCUCCGUGCAACCUCUCUCUCUUUCUCUUUCUGUUUGUCUCUCUCUUGAUACGGGAUUCAUUAAUUAAUACACCACGCUCUCUCUAUCGGCUCUGUCUUUCUCUGUCUAGGGUUUCGAACUGGAGAACAGAAACUACGGUUGCGUAAUUCCUUGGGCUCUUUGAUAGCGAAAGUAUUGAUUACUAUCUCUCGCUCUCUGCGACUCGGCAGGACUUUGCGUGGUUGAUUACUUGAUCGUUUUGGUGAGAGCUUGUCAUCGAGUCCUUGUGAAUGGUUAUGAGUUCACAGUUUUUGCUGCGUUGAAUCUUAUGGUUCGAGAAAGAAUUGCUGGCUUUUGAUAGUUGAAAUUGGUGAAUGUUGUCUACUUGAUGUUGAAUGAUCGUUGCCAUGGACUUAAAUGUCCUACCAUCACCUGAAGAAGAUGAAGAAAGUUAUGACAAGCAUGUAAAGGAAUAUAGUGCACCAGAAGAACGAAUAGAGACUGCUGUACAAAUUGCCAAUCGGGAGCGUGAAGAAAGAAAACAGCGAUUGAAAAGAGAACGACCAGAUGACAGACCGAUCCUAGCCUCUCAGCGUUCCGUCAAUGACGAAUACCAGACUAAAAUCCUUAAAACUUAUGACAAAAGUAAACUGCCUCCUGGCUGGUUGGAUUGCCCUGCUUUUGGUCAGGAAAUAGGUUGCAUAAUUCCUUCUAAGACUCCACUCGGUGAAUUCUUCAAUGAUUGCAUUCCUCCUGGCAGAAGAUACUCCUUUAAACAAGUGAUGCAUCAGCAAAGGGUUUGGGGGAAAAAGCUGGGUUUGGUGAUUGAUUUGACAAAUACAAGUCGUUAUUAUUCGCCAGCAGACUUGAAGAAAGAGGGUAUCAAGUAUGUUAAGAUUGCAUGCAAGGGUCGUGAUGGUGUCCCUGACAAUGCAUCGGUGAAUAAUUUCGUCCACGAGGUCACGGGAUUUAUUUCUCGUCAGAAACUCUCAAAGAGAUACAUUCUUGUCCAUUGUACACAUGGCCAUAAUCGCACGGGAUAUAUGAUUGUUCAUUAUCUUAUGCGGUCAUCACAAUCAACAUCUGUCACGCAGGCAAUAAAACUUUUCGCUGAUGUGCGUCCGCCGGGAAUUUACAAACCAGAUUAUAUAGAUGCUUUAUACUCAUUUUAUCAUGAAAGAAAGCCUGAAACUAGUGUCUGCCCUCCAACCCCCGAAUGGAAGAGGUCUUUUGAUCUAAACGGUGAAGCAGUGGCAGAUGAUGACGAUGAUGGUGGUCCUGCUGGAAUUUUGCAUGAGGAUCACGAAAUGGAUGCAAGGAUGACAAAUGAUGAUGUUCUGGGAGAUGAUAUACCUAGCGAUCAACAAGAGUUGUUUCGGCAGUUCUGCUUCCAAAUUCUGAAGCUGCAUGUUGGAGGGAGAGGGAAUAUGCCAUUUCCUGGAUCACACCCAGUUUCUCUCAACAGGGAUAAUUUACAACUACUAAGGCAGCGGUACUAUUAUGCUACAUGGAAAGCUGAUGGGACACGAUACAUGAUGCUAAUAACUAUGGAGGGAUGCUAUUUAGUUGAUAGAAGUUUCAACUUUAGGAGGGUACAGAUGAGGUUUCCUUGCAGAAAUACGAAUGAUGGCGUGCUUGAGAAGACUCACCACUAUACAUUACUUGAUGGGGAGAUGAUUAUUGAUACUGUGCCGGAUUCACAGAAGCAGGAGAGGAGAUAUCUCAUUUAUGAUCUAAUGGCAAUAAACCAAGUCUCAGUUGUAGAGCGGCCUUUUUAUGAACGGUGGAAGAUGAUUGAGAAGGAAGUGAUUGAGCCUCGCAAUUUUGAACGUCAUAAUAUUUACCAGAGUAGGAAUCCAUAUUACCGAUACGACUUGGAACCAUUCCGGGUGAGGCGAAAGGACUUUUGGUUGCUCUCUACAGUUACAAAGCUUUUAAAGGAAUUUAUUCCAAAGCUUUCUCAUGAUGCAGAUGGUCUAAUUUUUCAGGGUUGGGAUGAUCCUUAUGUUCCUCGCACGCAUGAAGGCCUCCUAAAGUGGAAAUAUCCCGAAAUGAACUCGGUUGACUUUCUAUUUGAGAUGGAUGAUGACCAUCAGUCACUACACUUGUAUGAGCGUGGGAAAAAGAAGUGGAUGGAAGGAAAUAUGGUUGCAUUCAGAGAUGAUUCAGAUCCUUCUUCAUACUCUGGGAAGAUUAUUGAGUGUUCCUGGGAUUCAGAUGAACAGGUGUGGGUCUGUAUGCGUGUCAGGACAGAUAAGACAACGCCAAACGAUUUCAAUACGUACAAAAAGGUUAUGCGAAGCAUAAAGGACAAUAUUACUGAGGAUGUAUUGUUGAACGAGAUUUAUGAGAUUAUUCGUCUGCCCAUGUAUGCUGAUAGGAUAAGGAAUGACAGCAAAGCAGGUGCAAAUUCAGCUCGACGUAGGUGAUAUGGAGUGCUGAAUAGUGCUUCUUUUCAAGAAUUUUCUGUUAUAGAGGAGCCCAAGUACAACAUUGUGCUCUGUGAUAACUGAUAGGGUUGCUUGGGUCUUCUCUGCGUGUUUUACUUGGUUGACGUUUGGUAUAUAUACCUAAUAUUAGAUAGUGCGUCACUGGGAUGGUGUGUAAUUAGUCAGCAGGAUGGUGUGUAAUUAGUCGCACCUUAUAACCUCUUGUAGUGUUGUGCUAGGCUGGGGAGUUACAUGAUCUCCAGUUGGCAACAUUUUAGUCAUUUGCUCAGGCCAGAAGAUAUGUUCUCCAGGUAGUCGUUCAGAUCAAGAGAAAUAGGCUUACAACCACCGUGCAUUUUUUUCUUUCGCUUUUAUGUAGUAUUUUUAAGCUUCUUUAAACGUAGUCAUUGUUUAGAGCUAGAGGCAACUCCCAUAAAUGACCUUCUCAUUGUGAAUAUCACUCCAUGUACUUCAACUUGGCUUUC